UUUCCCAAAAAAGAAACCCUCAUAUCACAUAAAAAAAGGGCAAUGGCAAACACUAAGAAAAAAAUUGUUGACGUACUAAACCUUAAGAGGCUACAAAAGAGUCUACUUUCCGGCAAGAAGCAUUUUUCCGGCGAGGAAAUGAAGGUGCCGGUGGAUGUGAAGGAAGGACAUUUUGCGGUGAUGGCGGUGGACGACGAUCAAUUGGGGCGAUUUAUCGUUCCCUUGAGUUUCCUCACACGCCCCUCAUUCUUGCGGCUAUUGGAGCAAGCUGCCGAAGAAUACGGCUUCGAUCACCGCGGCGCCCUCACCGUUCCAUGCCGUCCCACCGAGCUCCAGCGGAUACUGGCAGAGGAAACCCCUUCUAACUGGACCUUGCAAUAAAACACCACUGUACCCUCAUUUUUCUACUUCAACCAUAUAUUUAUAUAUAUAGACGAGUCAUGACCCCAUUCAUUCCUCAAUUUUCUAGCAUAUACAAAAAAUUAAACCGAUACUACUAUAACAUGUCGAAAAUGGUAGUAAUUUUUAGUGGAGGCUUCAAUUCCAUUGUUUUCUAGUAAUGGCUUCGGUAAGUGGAUACUAUCAUCAAAUUUCCCAGCGCUUCCCCAAUAGGUCAGUAAUAUCUAAAAAAACGAAUGUUAUAUGGAGUAAUUUCUA